GUGUCUAUGACGUGACAUACACGACUUUAACACUGAGCACAUGUCUUACAAACAGGACGAAGCUUCUCAGUUCUUGCGAGUUUGGAAUCGUGUUCAGUUCAUCUAUGAGGUGAAAUGUUUUCUCCAUAAGAUUUAAAUCUAAAAGCGUGAGAAUGCCUGGGAAACUGGCACAUCACUGAUAUCUGAAGCAUCGGUCAACGCAAAAGUAAAUAUGGGGAACUGCGGCUCUUUUGAUCCUGACGAUGAAUUUUCCUACCAUCCAGACGAAUGGUGCGACAAGUGUAACUGCCCAAAGCCACCGCCUAAUCAGUCCUUUGAUCCUCUGAUCCCGUAUCCAUCUCAGUACACACCUCCACCUUCAUCUCCUCUACCAGAGAACCUGGUGGUAGCCAUUUACAAAUAUGAACCAUGCCACAGCGAUGACCUUGGCUUUGAAAAGGGGGAAAAGAUGAAAGUCCUAAAUGCUGAUGACACUGAUUGGUUCAUGGCAGAAUCUCUUUCUACCGGACAGAGAGGAUACAUACCAAAGAAUUUUGUAGCAAAACUAAACAGCAUGGAGACAGAACCGUGGUUCUUUAAAGAUCUCGCCAGGAACGACGCCAUAAGACAAUUACUGAACGUCGGUAACACGCAGGGCUCUUUCCUCAUCAGAGAGAGCGAGACCACACCAGGUAGCUUCACCUUGUCUGUGAGGGACCUGGAUCACACGCAGGGCGACGUCAUCAAGCACUACAAAAUUCGGAGCCUAGACGCAGGAGGGUUCUACAUCACCACCAAGAUCUCCUUCCCUUCUCUCUCAGAACUGGUCAAACAUUAUUCACGAGAAGCCGAUGGACUGUGCACUCGUUUGGUAAAGCCAAGUCAGAGCCGAGUUCCUCAGAAGCCCUGGUGGCAGGACGAGUGGGAGGUGCCUCGUGAAUCUCUGAAACUGGAGCGCAGACUGGGCCAGGGGCAGUUUGGAGAAGUGUGGAUGGGACUGUACAACAACAGCCGUCGGGUGGCUAUCAAGAGUCUCAAAACGGGAACCAUGUCCAUCAGUGCUUUCUUGGCUGAAGCAAACCUGAUGAAGACCCUGCACCACCCUCGACUGGUGCGGCUCUUUGCCGUGGUAACACAGGAGCCCAUAUACAUCAUCACAGAGUACAUGGAGAACGGCAGCCUGGUUGAUUUUCUUAAGACUACAGAAGGAUCGAGUAUAGCCAUCAAUACGCUGAUUGAUAUGGCUGCCCAGGUGGCAGAUGGGAUGGCGUUCAUUGAGCAGAGGAACUACAUCCACAGAGACCUGAGAGCUGCCAAUAUUUUGGUAAACGAUGAGCUCAUUUGCAAAGUUGCGGACUUCGGUCUUGCCCGCCUCAUUGAAAACAACGAAUACACGGCGAGAGAAGGUGCCAAGUUUCCAAUCAAAUGGACAGCCCCUGAGGCCAUAAACUAUGGUACCUUCUCCAUCAAAUCAGAUGUGUGGUCAUUUGGCAUACUGCUGACAGAGAUUGUUACCUAUGGAAGAAUUCCUUAUCCAGGAAUGACAAACCCAGAGGUGAUCGCCAACCUGGAGAGAGGCUACCGUAUGCCUUGCCCCGAUAACUGUCCUGAAGCUCUCUAUAACAUCAUGAAACACUGCUGGACAGAGCACCCGGAUAACAGACCCACCUUCGAGUACCUGCGCAGUAUUAUGGAGGAUUUCUUCACUGCCACCGAGAGACAGUAUCAGGAACAGCCCUGACCAAAUCAUUCAACUUAUAAACAGUCCAGGGAUCCCAUUAAAGAAUUCUUAAGAUGACCUGAUUUUGAUUUUGAAAUACAUUUAACUUAAAGAGGUACUAGGAUUACGAUUUUUGUGGAAAUUGAAACAAAGAAGUAAGUUUGCCAUUCCAAGCUACACCUGGGUUUUGACAGAAAUUGAGUGCUGUUAUUGUUUUAAUGAAUGAGUGAACGCUUCGCUUCAUGUUAUGUGAGCUUUUAGUAUUUCUGCUUUCUGAUCUGAGAUCUCUAAUGUAAAGUUACUUUAUUGUAUUUUUAUAAGAAGCACACAUGGCUUCAGCAUGAACCAUUAAGCCAGUAAACGAUCCAAGAACAAAAAUGGAACUCAUUUUCCUUUUUUCCUCAAGCAGAUUCAAUUAGCAAAAGAGAUCUCUGCGCUGUUCAUGU